GAGGAGGAAGAGGAGGAGGAAGAGGAGGAAGAGGAGGAAGAGGAGGUAGAGGAGGAAAAGGAGGAGGAGGAGAACGAAGAGGAGGCAGAGUGA